AUUAAAAAAUUAUAGAAAUUAUAUAUUAAUAAUCUAUAUGUUAAGACAAAUCAAACAAGAUCACGCAUGACUAUAUUUAGGCUUACACAUUGAGAGAAUUUGAUGAGUCAAAGUGCUUAGAUGAACAGUUCCAAAAGUCAAAAGUGGACGAAUACUCCGGGACGGAGGGAGUAAUUUUUUGAUCAUUUUUUUAUUCUAUUAUUUUUAUUUUAUUUUUCCUAAUCCAAAUUAUCAGAUAUUUUAUUUGUGGAGAAAAGUGUAGCAAAAGACAAAUUGAAAUUCAACUCCAUUUAAAUCGACCCCUCCAUUUUAAAAGUCAUUUAUGCUCUUGUAGUGUUGUAUUCAAAGAAUCAAACUUUAUUUCUGUUCCUAGUGAUUUCCCAAAAUUGGGCAUCUUUUUUUUUUUUGUAAUUUCUAAAGCUUGGACCAAAAUUCAGUGCGGAGGAGACACAACCCAGGAAGAUCGGAAUGUCAAACGCAGCGGCUGGAGACCCUCUGCAGCCGCCGCCGCCAAUUGUGAUCCAGCGACAAGCUUACCGGAGUAGUGCCAGCCACGGAUCGGUCGGACCCGUGGUCGGGGUUCUUGCGUUGAUAGCUGUUCUGGGGGCAAUCGCCGUCAUGAUCGGCCGCCUGUGUUCCGGCCGACGAAUCGCGGGCCACGGGCGUUACAACUUUGAGAGCUGGUUUGAGGCCAAAUGCGCGACCUGCAUCGACGGCUGGGUGGAGCCUGCGCCGCGUCCGGUGGCGCCGGAGAGCGGUAGGGCGGCGGAAGAAGCGCCUCCUCAAGAAAACAGGGAAGAAGACGAGACGGCGCGGCGGUGAACAGAAUAACAGUACACAGCUAACUCUUUAAGUGGGUGGGUGGUUCACAUGUUAAUGUCCAGCUUUUUGUUAUUCACAGAGUGCUUUUUGACUCUUUGACCACCUUUGAAAUUAUGAAUAAUGCUAAAGAUUUAGAGUCACACGUACACCAAAAUGGAUAUCCCAUUUGUACACUACCAAACACAGACAUCUAGUAUCUGUGAUCAGAGAUACAAAAUGUCUGUGUCUGUGUUUAUCUGAGCUAAGGCUCUCAAAAACCUAGCCUCUCUUUUUUUCCGACCGCCGCCCAUCAUGGCAGCCCCGUCGGAUCCUNAUGCCCACCAAAACUCUCUCCAACAAAUCUCCCUUUGAAACUCUUUAUAACCGUCCUCCUACAUAUACCCACCUUCGUCCCUUUGGUUGCUUGGUCUAUCCAUGGCUCCGCCCUUAUACUCACCACAAACUUCAACCACGCUCCACUCCUUGUGUCUUCUUAGGAUAUCACCCCACCACUAAAGGGUAUAAAUGCUAUGAACCCGUGUCUCAAAAAGUUUAUAUCUCUCGUCAUGUUCGGUUCGUCGAGGAUCAGUUUCCAUAUCCCAAAUUGUCAUCCCUCCUGUCACCCUCUCCUAUAACCCCUAUUUUUCCUCCAAGCCCAGGCUCACAUGCUCCUGUCCCACUGACGGUCCAACCCCAGACCCGUCCCACCAGUCACGGACGACAGCCCGACACCCUCCCUAUGGACACGCCACAGACGGUCCAACCCCAGAACCGUACCCCAACCCACCCUCGACCGUCACCUACUCCUCCCCAAAGCACACAACCGGUUAACCGACCCCCGCCCCAAAACACACACACCAUGCAAACCCGAGCCAAAUCUGGAAUUUUCAAACCUAAAGCCUAUACCAUUACC